ACUAAAACCUUCUCACAGUGAACCCUGUUCACCGAGCUCAAAAGGUUGUCACAUUUAUUUAAGGAAAAUUCUAAAAAAUAAUUUAUAGGCAAGAUGGCUUCAGGAGAGGAAGAGGAAUACACAGAAGAGGAGACCAACGAGGCCAUGUUAUUCAUACAAGAGCACGAGCUGCCCAUGUCAGAGUUGGGUUGUGCUCUCAAGUAUGUCCGUAUUCUACACGGGAACCCAUCCCAAGACGAUAAGGUGAUGCCAGCUUUGAUGACCCAGAAUCCUGUUGCAGAGGUGGAGCCACCGCCUUUAGACUGGGAGGACAAGGAGAUCCAAUCCGUAGCCCGUGACCUGUAAAAGUAUUAUAUGUUUUAUAAUGUUCUAUUUCGUUUGUGUUAAUUGCCUUGAGAGCUCAGAAAACUCAAAUAAAUAAACUCCU